AUGUCAGAAAGAUCUAAGGUCGUCAUUGCGAUUGUAGGAGGUGGCAUCGGUGGUAUAUGCGCGGCCAUCGGGCUCGGUCGCAUCGGCUACGAUGUGCAUAUAUUCGAGCAGGCUCCCCAGUUCUCUGAAAUCGGCGCGGGCGUUGGCGUUGGAGGAAAUGGUGUUCGCACUUUGCAUGCGAUGGGACUGGGCGAGGACUACGAGAAAAUUGCGGACAUGAGCGAACCAUAUGCUCCGUGGUUCACGUUUCUGACAUGGGACAAGGGCGAUGUCGUAACCUCCGUUCCCAUGCACGGACGUCGAGGCAAUGUUCACCGAGCUCGCUUCCUCGACUGUCUCUUGCAGCAUAUGCCCUCCAACGUAACCACCCAUUUCUCGACGCGGGUCACCGAAGUCCGUAACGUGGACGAUGGCAAUGGAACGCCAUCUCGGGCAUGUCUCAGCAUCAUGACUGCGAACUCCACCAGUACCGAAUGGUUCGAAGCGAGCGCUGUUAUCGGGUGCGAUGGCGUGAAGAGCGUCGUUCGUGACAGCUUUCAUAGCGAGAUGGGUGGCCGUAUCCUGUACUCUGGUAGCUAUGCGUACCGUGGGCUCGUGGAUAUGAAGAAAGCGGUGGAGCAAACAGGAGAGAUCAUGCGGCAACCGGCAAUGUGGAUGGGGAAGGACAAGCAUGCUGUGCUCUUUCCGAUCGACCACGGCAAAGUGCUGAAUAUCGUCACUUUUGUGACCGACCGUUCGGUCGAUGUCAAUGAGCGAGUAUGGGAAGGACCGUGGGUCAAACCCGCCUCUCAUGAACAGAUGGACCGAGAUUUUCGGGGCUGGGACCCCAGGCUUCGCAUUGCUCUGUCUCUCAUAGACAAGCCUGAGGUAUGGGCAUUACAUGAUCUGUCCAUACUUGAUCGAUGGACAGUAGGACGAGUAACACUACUUGGCGACUCUGCUCACGCCAGCAUGCCUCACAAUGGUGCCGGGGCAGGCCAGGCGAUCGAGGAUGCUUACGUUCUUGCGAAGCUUUUCGAACAUCCUGCUUGCAAUGCCGAGACCAUUCCGGACUUCCUGCAAGCUUAUGAAGACGUCCGUCGUCCAAGGGCAUCCUACCAGCAGAUUCAUUGCCGGGAAAGUGGUGAUAUAUACGAAUUCGCCAGCCCCCUCGGUGACGAUCUCACGAAGAUCGAUUUCCACCUUCGGGACCGCUACUCGUGGAUUUGGGAUCACAACUUGGACCACGACGUGGAGUAUGCGUUAUCUUCUUUGCGUAAGAAAGGCGUGAUUGUCACCUAG